AUGCCUUUGCCGUGGCCCUGGCUCGGCGAUGACGAUCUCCCCCUCGAACGCUUUGAGUGGCGCAACGAUAGGCUGGCUGAGCCUUGGGAUGUUGCUCAGGAGCAUGGGCGGGGUUAUAACAUUGUGGUUUCCGAAUUGCUGGCUACCGCACCCCAUCACCAUGUCACCGAGUUCAUCAUCGAUGUCCAUCGCGAGAAGACGGGUAUCUCGCAGCAGCUUUUCAGGGAGGAGAGUGUAGGUCUAGCUGCCAGUGUGGAUAUGUUCAAAAUGGCGCAGUUGACGCGUCUGGACUUGGCCCUCAACAUGGAAAUCCUCAGCCAGAUGAUGGACGGAGACGCCUGGGCCUUCUGGAACCAGCCCUAUCUCGAGCGAGCACUCUUCUGCCUCACCAACCUCACGCACUUCCACCUUCAUCUUAGCUCUGUGGAAGACUAUAUCAAUUUCGAGGACUUGGAUGCGGUGCCCUGGAUGGACUUGUAG